AAAUCGCUACAAAGCUACGAACAGUUUUGCUGCGGAUGGGUGCAGGAUCUGCACAUUAUGACCAUAGUAAACGGCAACAAAAUCUUUCUAGCAAAGGUAGGCAAUGUGUUUUUACAUUAGUCUGUGACCACGGAUGUACAAAUUUUUUGUUGCAGAAAAUGUAGCCUGUGUACAAAUUCUUUGCCACUCUCUCACGUCAAAAUAUUACAGCUUUUUCAUUUAACAACGACAGGAAUUAUGUCUUAUGAAGACAAUGCACAUGUAUGCAUGCUAGUUGUGUAGCUGUGGCCAUAGCUAACAACAGGCCGACUUAGGGCACAAAGUUACCGAAAUUUGCGUAAACAAACGAAAUUACCUUACCGGAGUGGAAGUGCAUAGAGCAAACUCUGUGUGUAACUGGAGAAUCAAACGUUAUGCCCUUCCUUCUGAUCGAAGCCACCCAUGCCAUUCUUUGACGUUUGGUAAGUUCAGAUAUGACCUUUCCCUCGCCUUUUCUCCAUGUAGGGAUCCGGAAAAAACUCAGUGGUGUUCCGUCGAGCUGUACAUUCUCCUUUCUAUUCGAUCGGUUGUUGCAAUUCUUUACCGCACAAUAAUUUCCAACCAUUUUUAAAGAGCGACCUGUGUUGAAAUGCCUCACUGUUUAUGUUUCCCGCUUCCAAAAUGGCGAUAGCGGCGGAAACCUCGCGAGUGCCACGUCAUACGCUCGAGCCUAUUAAUCGAGUAAUCGAAUAAGGAACAUGAAAAAUUUAAAUACCUAAGCUGAGCCUCAAACAGUAUACUUUUUUUUUUAAAAAUGAUCUAUGUACAACAAAAGAACAGUUGGCUAACUUACAUAGCAAAAGUCCGCUAGCUUAAAUGCUAUAAAAUGCUAACUUUUUUUUUUUUUUUUUACAAUCCUCUUAACAAAUGGUUGAGACACAUAUUCCCACAAAAAACGGCUAAAUAUGACAAACUAAAUUAUGAACAGUGUUGGGAGUAACGCCGUUAUAAAUAACGCCCUUACGUAACGGCGUUAUUUUUUCAGUAACGGGGUAAUCUAACUAAUUACUUUUUCCACCGUUACAACGCCGUUACCGUUACUGAUGGUCAAAAGCAGUGCGUUACUUACUCUGAAUAAAUUGAAGAAACUACCAGCCGUGUCGAGUCGACUCUGCGCUGUUGAUUUGUCAUCCAAGACUUGGGGUGCGUUCAGGUUCAAGAAUAGCGCACGUACUUCUGACUCCAUGCUGUUUGUCCCUGCUCAUUCAAUUAGACAAUGCUUUCCAAAGUUUGGUAACGUUUCUGUGUUUGCUACACCUGAUGCUAGCCUCGUUCCCAUCUCCCACUGUCAGCCAGCAAUAAUUCUGCUUCCAUCUUGAGGACGGCAGACGCUUUGAAGGUGACGUGAAUUGUCGGGAAACUAGCCUACCUGAAUGCAGCCCCUCGAGAGAUGCGAUGGAAGUGAUUGUGAUUGGCUGAGGGUUAGAGUCAUGUGUCGUGGUAAGCCAAUCAGAGCCGAUGAUUUCACAAGCAAACCGGAACAGCGUGUGCGGCAAACACACACGCAAAACAGAUGCACAGGGUCGGGAUGGCAGAGCAGUCAGAAGAAAAAUUGUCCUUUAAGAGGUGGAGAUAUAGACACUAUUUCAAGUUUGUCGAAAUUAAAGGAAAGAACCUGCAUGUAAUGUGUAAUUUAUGUCCCGGGGCAAAGCUUCUGUCGACAUCUGUGGGAGGAACCCUGCCAGCAUGAGUGGGCUACAUGCAGGCCCAAGCCGGGAGUCCAGCCGCCCAGUAACCCCUGCCUGUGAUCUCCCUCGAUUCGCCCAAUCCCACAAGAAUAAUCACCCAACAAUGUCCGCCGCUGCCUCCUCACUGCAGCGUACUUCAAUCUACGGGUUUGCCCAGAGGGACCCAUCACCCCCGUCAUCUACCUACAGCCCCCUGAGAAGGUUGCAGCAUCUCACCACUAUGGUGAGCCAGCCUGACCUGGUUCUACCUGUCCGGUCAGGAAAGAACUGGGUGUGGGGUUCCGAUCAGAAGGAACCAGAGCAGGACUCUUGGGCCGAAUGCACCAGCAGGGAUUACUACAGCAGCGGUUUUGCAAAAAAAGACGAGAUAGCGAGCGGCAACUGUAAAGAGGAGCCGGCAGCGAGCUGUAGCAGUCCUAGUACGUCAGAGAAGAAGACGGAUGGUUGUUUCUCAUGCCCACCUAGUCCAGCUUUCUCUCUUGAUAGCAACAGCCCUUUCGCAAACGGUCUCCUUCACUUUGAAUCAUCUUUGUUCGAGGACGAGGAUAAUAACGACGGUGAGAAAGAGCAGUUGGAGAUGUUCCCUGCUGAUGUAGAGACACACCAUAAACACGGGUCCCCAGCAAACAAGCCUCAGUCGGCCUCUGCGGACUUGCGAUCGGACUCCAAGGAUACAAAUGUUUCAUCAGCCAAGGUCAUAACCCGAUCUCAGUCUUCAGGCUUUCGACGAAGGUACUGGGAUGUUUCCGAUGACGAGUGGGAAAGCGACACAGAUCUCUUCCUGUUUGGUGAUAGCCCCUCAAGGCAUUUGACGCAGAACGACAUGAAACGAAGCUCUGUACCACCCGUAAAGUUCCUAGAAGGCGAGGUAAUUUGGGCAAAGUUUAACCGACGGCCGUGGUGGCCGUGUGAAGUGAUUGUUGACCCCGCGUUGGGAGUCUAUCACAGGGUAAAAGAGCCAAGCGAUCGACCCUGUCGACUCUACCACAUCAGGACUUUUGGAGUUCCAGAGGAGCAAGCCUGGGUAGAGGAUAAGUCAACUCAUAUUUUUCACGGAGGUUUUCAGUUCGAGCAACUCGCACAACUUCGUCGGAAAGGGAAGCAAAAAGGGCAGAACCACAAGUAUACGAUCGCCAAACGUUACGAAGUGUCAUGGAAUUCUAGUGUGGCUGAAGCUGAAGCUAUUCUCCAGGGAAGACCCAAUUUAGACUCUUUAACUAUAGACAAUACCUUCCAAGACUCUUCCCUGAUGACGAUCAAGCCCCAUCCAACUGUUUCGCCCUCUAGCCCACCUGCCCCCAAUCUUUCGGAGAAUUCACGUACAAUCCAUGAAUCUAUUUCUUUGCAGAUAACAACCCCAGUGGAAAAUAAGCAAGGCACUUUAAUCAAGUCUUAUGACAAGGUGGAAGAUGGUAACUCUUCAAAUAAGCAGUCUAAAAAAAUUCAAUAUACUAGCCCCAACCAAUCGAAUAAGAAUGUAGAGUGCCCUUACUCGGACCUCGACUCGGUCCCUAAGAUUUUGUGUCCUAAAGCACUUGAACGUCAAACUUUGUUGACUCAGUCAUCUUCUAAUAUCACCAAGGAGGAAAAGAAACAACCAGAAGGGCAAAGUGGUCUGUGGUUUAGUAAAUCGGGCAAAGACAGGCGACCAAAAACUGUAAGUCCAGAUCGAUCAGAUCGUACCCUUUUUACCAGUAUGCAUAAUAAGAAAAAGACCUCUGCUGUUAAUAAAACCCAAGUGACUCAAGGGGAAUUCACCUCCUUAGCUGUGCAAGAUAACCAGUCUGGAUUGGUAAAAGCUGAAACAAAGAUUUUGUCGGGACAGUCAGGGCAGUUGGACUCUUUACAAAUCAAUAUAACCAAUAAACCUUUUGAAAGUCAUGCUGAGCGGCUGUCACAACACCAGCAGUCAACCAUUUCUCCUGACCCUGUUGGAAUAUCACAAUUGCAACAGUCUCUGGUCUUGUCUGAAACUCGAGGAUCCUCACAGAAUUUAGAGACGCAAGUAUCACGUCGAAAUCAGGAUUCCAAUGAUUGCUCUGACACUCGAGUGUUGCCACAAAAACAUGAGUCUGCAUAUUCUGACCCUCGAGGGUUGUCAUCAAACCAGGACUCUAGGGAUUCUUCUGACAAUCGAGUAUUGUCACAAAAGCAAAAAUCUGUGGACAUCUCUUACCCCCAAGGACUUUCACAAAGCCAUGAAUCUUGGAAUUGUUCUGACCUUCGAGGGUCUGCGCAAAGCCACGAGUCUAGGAAUUAUUCUGACCUUCGAGGGUCUGCGCAAAGCCACGAGUCUAGGAAUUGUUCUGACCUUCGAGGGUCUUCGCAAAGCCACGAGUCUAGGAAUUGUUCUGACCUUCGAGGGUCUUCGCAAAGCCACGAGUCUAGGAAUUGUUCUGACCUUCGAGGGUCUUCGCAAAAACAUAAGUCAGUGUUCUUAUCUGAAGCUCGAGGAUCAUCACAAAAACAUGGCUCAUUGGAUUCUUCUGAACCUCAAAGAUCAUCGCAAAAGCAGAGAUCUGUGGAUUUCAGUGAGUCUCACGGAUCAUCACAAAAGCAGAAAUCUGCUUUCUCUGACCCUGCGGUAUUGUCUCAAACAUGGGAGUCAGUCGAUUAUUCUGAUCAUCAUGGAUCAUCCAAAAAAGGGGAUUAUGUUAGGCCUCAUGCAUUGUCACGAAAGGAAUCUGUGGAUUCUUAUGACUCUCCAACAUUUCUAAAAAAGCAGAGAUCUGUGGAUUCUUCUGACGCGCAAAGAUCACCCCAAAAACAGAAAAUUGUGGAUUCUUCUGAUCGAAUGUUGCACAAGCGGAAAUCUGUUGAUUUUUCUGACCAUAAAGGAAUAUCACAAAAACAGGAGUCCAUGAAUUGUGUUGAUCCUACAGGAUCAUUGCAAAAAAAGGCAGCUGUUUCUUUCAGCCCUCAAAAAUUGGCACAAAAGCAGUUUAGUGAUUCUUCUAACCCCAGAACUUUGUCACAAAUGCAGAAAUCCUCGCAUUCUUCGCGUCUUGAAAAAUCAUCACACGGGCAGGAGUCUGUGGAUGGGUCUGACUCUCAGCGAUCAUUGCCAACGCAGAAGGUUGUGGGGUCUUUUGACCAUGAAGGCGUGUCAAAAAAGCAGAAGUUCAGUGUUUGCUCUGACCGUCAAGGUUCUUCCCAAAAACACAAAGAUUUUUUGGGCCCUCAAGCGUUGUCAAAAAAGGGGUCCAUGGAUUUUCACCACCAAACGUCACAAAAGCAAGAGUCCAAGGAUUUUUCAGACUCUCAAAGAUCACCUAAAAAACAGAAAUAUGUGGAUACUUCUGAACACCGUGCAUUCUCCCAAAAGCACAAAUCGGGAGAUUAUUUUAUUCCUCAAGGACUGUCACAAAACAAAGAGCUCAAGGGUUCUUCUCACUCUCACAUAAUGUCACAAAAGUGGAAGUCCAUAGAUCCCUCUGACACUCAAGGAUCAUCGCAAAAACAAAAGUCAUUAGAUUCCAUUAACCCUCGAGAAUCAUCCCUGAAGAAAUCAGUCGAUUCUUCUGACUCCAAAGAAUCACCACAAAAUCAAAAGUCCACAGAUGCUUUGGCUCCCCAAAGGUCAUCACAAAAGCAAAAGUCAGUCAAUUGUUCUCAGACCCAAGGAUCACCACAAAAGCAGAUGUCAAAGGAUUCCUCAAACGGCCAACUAAUGUCACUAAAGCAUUCUGUUGAUUCUCAUGACCCUCAAGGGGUGUCACAAAAGAGGAGUUCCCUGGAUUCUUCUGACUCCCGUGGCCUGUCAAAAAAGCAAGAGUCCAGGGAUUCUUCCAACCCUCGAGCUUCGUCACAAAAACAGAAAUCAGUGGAUUCCUCUGAUUGUGGAGAAUCAUCACAACCAAAGCAGAAGCAGUCCAGUGAUUCGUUUGACAAAGGAACUUCAUCACAAAAGCUGAAGUCAGUUGGUUCCUCUAUCCCCCAGGGAUCAUCACAAAAACUGGAGUCCAAGUAUUGUUCUGAUCUUCAAGGGUCAUCACAAAAGCAAAACUCAUUGGAUUCUUCUAAACUUCCAGCAUCAUCCCAGAAGAAGUCAGUUGAAAAUCAGGUGUCCAUUAAUACUUUGGAUUGCCAAAGGUCAUCACUAAAACAGAAGAAGUCAGUGAAUUCUUCUCCACCCCGAGGAUCAUCACAAAAGCAUAAGUCAAUUGAUUCCUCAGACAUCCAAAGAUUGUCACUAAAGCAGUCUAUGGAUUCCUCUGACCAUAACAGCUUGUCACAAAAGAAGGCACUGGUUUUAUUAGACAACCAAAUACUGUUACAAAAAACGUCAGUGGAUUCCUCUGACACUCAAGGGUUGUCACAAAAGCAGAAGUCCAUGAAAUUUUGUGACUCCCGUGGCCUGUCAAAUAUGCUAGACUCCAAGGACUCUUCUGAACCUCGAGGAUCGUCACAAAAGCAGCUGUCCAAGCAUUCUUCAGACACUCAAGCUUCGUCACAAAAGCCGAAGUCCACAGGUUCUACUGACGCUCAAGAAUCAUUGCAAAAGGACUCUAGGGUUUCUUCUGAGCCUCGUGGAACAUCACACAAGCAGAAAUCAAAGGAUUUGUUGGAGAACCAAAGAUCAUCACGUAAGGAAAAGUCAGUGUGUCUUUCUGAUCCUCGAGUUUCAAUACAAAAGUUACAGUACAGGGAUACGUCUGACUCCCAAGGAUCAUCACAAAAGCAGGAGUCCAAGCAUUCGUCUGACAUUCGAGGAUCAAAAAAGCAGAAGUUGGUGGAUUCAUCUGAGCUCCGAAGAUUAUCACACAAGCAAAAGUCAGUGGAAUCAUCUGACCGUCGAGUAUCAUCAAAAAAGCUGGAGUACAGGGAUUCAUCUGAAUCAUCACAAGUGUCGGUGGAGUCUCAUAGGCUGGCUGAAAAGUGUGGAUAUACCAAGGAUAGGCAAAUUAUCCCCAAAAAUACACACUCUGCCAAGCUGACCACUCCUCAAAGUAGCACAAAAGUUAAAAAGGUCAGCAAGAGUAGCACAGUAAAGCCCAAUAGUAAAAGACAUUACUGUGAAUUGAGGUCUACUAAGAGGACUUCACGACGUAACUUUUACCAGACAGAAGAAAAGGAAUACAAGACCAAGUCCACAUUAAAUGAUAUGUCAACAGAUCUGCAGGCAAGGCUAGCCCUUCAAAAAUCUUUGAUUGCCAGUUGCAAACUACCGUAUGUUAAAUUAAUGCGCAAAGACAUUAAUAUUCAGAAUUACUUGAAGUCUAAAAUCACUAUUACUUGCAAUGACCAAACUGAAUGUACAAAUAUUAAGAAAUCCCCAAGAACAACAGUGACUCAGUCCUCAUCUCCGUCAGUUGUGGCGAAUGGACCAGCAAGUACCAGUAAAAAUAAGGUACAGAAAAACGAUUUGAAAAAUAAUGACCACAAACAGUCCAGAAAUACUGAAGACAAAAAUGGUGAAAGCAAAAAUGCGUCUAAAAAUCCGCAAGAGAAAAAUGCUUCUAAAAAUACCAUAGUCAAAAAUCAUAAAAAUACUGAAGACAAAAAGCAUUCUGGAAACACUGAUGACAUACAGAUUUCUGGAAACGGUGAACAUAAAAUGAUUUGUAAAAAUAGUGAACGCAAAAAGAUUUCUGGAAAUUGCGAAAACCAACAUGUUUUAGGAAAUGGGGAAGGCGAAAGUGUUUCUAGAAACAUGAAAGACAAAAGUGUCGCUGCAAAUUCUAAAGACAAAGGACUUUCUGGAACUGGAGAGCCCAAAAGUAUCUCCAGAAAUACUCUAGACAAAACUGUUUCUAGAAGUGAAGAAAAGAAUAUUCCCAGAAAUAUUGAAGACAAAAAGUUUUCCAGAAAAAAUGAGGACAAAAGUGUGUCUAAAUUUACUGAAAACAUAAUUGUUUCUAAAAUUGUUGAUGAUAAGCGUGUUUCCAAAGAUGUUGAGCACAAACUUGUUUUCAGAAAAAAUGAGGACAAAAUAGAUUUCAGAAAUCCUAAAGAGAAGAGUGCUUUCAAAGAUGGUGAGCACAAACUUGUUUUCAGAAAAAAUGACGAUAAAAGUCCGUCAAGAAUUAGUGACGACAAAGGUGCUUCCAGAGGUAGUGGAGACAAAAGCGCUUUUAGAAAUUGUGAAGAUAAAAUUACUCAAAGAAAAAAUGAGAACAAAAUUGUGCCUAAAAGUAAUGAGGACAAAAAUGUAUCCAGUGAUGAAAUAAUUGUAUUGCAAACAAUUAAAGACAAGAGUGUGUCUCGAAAAAGUGAUGUUGUUGUUUCCCAAAAUAGUGCGGACAGUUCUGAAGCUCGGAUGGUAUUGACAAAAACAAAGUUGGAGACAGGUGCCUCCAAAAGUACAACCAUUUCUUGUGUUCCUCCACAAAGUACACAGCAAAAGGAGACUACUGUCCCAAGUUUGGGGCACACGACAACCACAGUGCCCUCUCAACAUGCUAGAAAUUCAUUAUCGGAAAACAGUCAAGAGACAUCUGCAGAGAAGAAUACCCUUUCAUCAAAGCUUGUCCUUGAUAAAUUGCCUGAAAUUCCACCCCAAACUCAGCCUGCCCAUCUUCCAGCCAGUAAUCGACUCAUGACGAGAGCAUUAAAAACCAUGAAGGUGUUGCAAAAGCUGAAGCAUCGGAAAGCCAAAAAGAAGGCUGCGCAAAAAGAACUCUUGCGACGUAUCAAAAACCAGAUGGGCUUAGUGCACCAUUCUAAGAAAACUACCUGGAUUCAAGAAAGCAAUCCGGUUGUUCAAACUGAAAUAAAACUGGUCAAGUCUCAAUGUGGUCGGAUUUCUGACUAUGAUCAGGACUCAAUUCCUAGUUGUAAUACCCCUCCACUGAUGCGUAAUGAGUUCACUGAAGUCAAGAGUGAAGAAGAAGUCCUGUCUGUGUCUUCAACACCUCCAAUGGACUUCAUACCCCUCACUUCCAAUGUGAAGGCAAAGGAGUUGGACCAAAGCACGUCUUUGCCUCCUUCACCAUUUUCAUUCAUGAAAACUUUGAAAAAUGUAAAAGAAGUGUCUUUCCAAUCCUUGACCGAUGAGACUAAUGGCCAAGCCUUUGCCUUCAAACCAGACAUGAACUACAAGUUCAGCACUUUCCUCAUGAUGAUGAAAGACAUGCAUGACACUCGAGAGCGUGACGGUGCCCCCUUAGAAUUGGAGAUUGGCCCGCCGAGUGCCCAUGUCAAGGAGGAGCCGAUGGUGAUGCCUGGAAUGGCUGCUCUUACAAGCCUAGAACAAGACAUCGUGAAUGAUGAUCCAGAUUUUAGCCCAUACAUGGACUCGAGUAGCAGUCACUUGUCCAAGAGGCCUUACAAGAAAACAAGUAGCUCCACAUGGAUGAAGAGUAAAGCUGACCGCAAAGUACCCGGUCGUCCCGCCAGGUCUGGACCCGGUUACCCGGGCGUUGGAUCCUUGCUAGGAAUUGAUUUUUCCUCUGUACUGGAUUACUCGGCGAAGGUCCGAUCACUUUUGGACGUGCAGGCCUGCCAAUGGGAGGGACAUCCAGGGACCGAUGAAGGAUUGUUGAGAUGGGGCGGAGACUAUGAACAGAUGAACGGCUUCGUCUCCAACAGCGAAGAAGCCGAGACCAGUCUGGCCUGCAAUGAAGAAAUUGAUGAUGAUUCAUCAGCCCAUAAGCGAGUAAGGAAACCAAGCAAGAGGCUACUAGAAUGGACCGAAGAGUAUGACCAAAUAUUUUCUUCGAGGAAGAAAACCAAAAAGCCCCUUUCGCCAAUAAUGGACGACCAAGCACUUUCAUCCCAAGCGCCGAUACUGGACAAGACCGCACUUGAGCUCCCGUCCUUGAACGCACUUCCCGAAAUGCAGACGCCACCUCCAGAGGAAAUCACCCUCACCACUGAACUCCAAAUCCCCAGCGCGGUAAAUCCGUCACCGCAGGAAACGCAGGCGCUUUCUAUCGACACGUUGACGCCACCUCCUGAGACAGAAGCAGAACCGCCGCUAAUUGAAGACGACGGCAACGCUGCUUUGCUGCAGAAGAAGCGGAAGAGGAAACCGACUCCGAAGAUUCUGGAGUAUUCUCUUGAAGCCGAGGCCUCGGUGGGCCCGAAGAAGAAAAUCAAAAUUGUGAGGAACAAUGCGAGUGCUGCUUCUCAAACUGUUUAUCCAGAUCGCGAUCCUCCAACUUUAAAACCUCUGAGCCCGGCGGUGUCCACAUCUUCCGCAUCGUCCACGACGACCCACCCGACUCCCACAAGCCCUCCUAGUCCUCUCUUGCUGGCGCCGGCGCUGUCCGAACAGGCGGAGGAGACGUCUGCAGAUGUUCAAGUGGACGACAAUUACAAGUACUCGACAGAGUCGGAGGGAGAAGCCUCCAUGUUGGACCAGAGCUUCUCCUCCACGAGAGACGACUCGUCACUGUGUGACGAUUCGCUCGGACCCUGCCGAAAAAUCAUCGGGGAACGAGGGGGCCCUGCUUCGUUGAAGGAGAACGUGUGUCAGGUGUGCGAGAAGACAGGAGAGCUGCUGCUCUGCGAGGGUCACUGCUGCGGAGCAUUUCACCUGGCCUGCAUCUCCCUGGCCGAGGCCCCGAAAGGGAAAUUUGUGUGCCCCGAAUGCAAGUCAGGUAUUCACACUUGUUUCGUCUGCAAGAAGCGCGGCGAGGACGUGCGGCGCUGUAUGAUCCCUGUUUGUGGCAAAUUUUACCACGGCGAGUGCAUCGCCGCCUACGCACCCACCGUGCCCGUCAACCGCGGCUUCCGCUGCUCCAUUCACGUCUGCCUCACCUGCUUCAUUUACAACCCCGGCAGUCCCUCCGCCUCCAAAGGUCGUCUGGUGCGGUGCGUGCGCUGCCCAGUGGCUUACCACUCCAAUGACAUGUGCUUGGCCGCCGGCUGCGUGAUCCUCUCCAGCAACAGCAUCAUCUGUCCCAACCACUUCACGCCGAGACGCGGUGUUAAGAAUCACGAGCACGUGAACGUUAGCUGGUGUUUCGUGUGCACCGAAGGGGGGAGUCUGUUGUGCUGCGAGUCCUGCCCAGCGGCCUUCCAUCGCGAGUGUCUGAACAUGGAGAUGCCCAAAGGCAGCUGGUACUGCAACGACUGCAAGGCUGGCAAGAAGCCUCGCUACAAGGACAUCCUAUGGGUCAAGGUGGGACGCUACAGGUGGUGGCCCGCUGAGGUCAGCCACCCCAAAAGCAUCCCGGAGAAUAUCCAGCGCAUGAGGCACGAUGUGGGCGAGUUCCCCGUCCACUUCUUCGGCUCCAACGACUAUCUGUGGACCUACCAGGCACGCGUCUUUCCAUAUAUGGAUGUGGACGCCAACAGCAAGGAGAAGAUGGGCAAGGGCGUGGACGCCACUUAUAAGAAAGCUCUGGAGGAAGCGGCGGCGAGAUUUCGUGAGCUGCAGGCCGAGAAGGAGCUUCGGCAGCUUCAGGAGGACAGGAAAAAUGACAGGAAGCCGCCGCCGUACAAACACAUAAAGGUGAACCGGCCAAUAGGAAAGGUACAGAUCAUCACGGCCGAUCUCUCGGAAAUCCCGCGCUGCAACUGCAAGGCGACUGACGAGAGCCCGUGCGGCAUGGAUUCAGAAUGCAUCAACCGAAUGCUGCUUUACGAAUGCCAUCCGCAGGUUUGCCCAGCGGGCGAGCGCUGCCUGAACCAGACUUUCAGCAGGCGUCAGUACAGCCAAGUGGAGAUCUUCAGGACGCUGUCUCGAGGCUGGGGGCUCCGCUGCGUCCACGACAUCAAGAAGGGGCAAUUUGUGAGCGAGUACGUUGGGGAGGUGAUCGACGAAGAGGAGUGCAGGAGCAGGAUCAGACACGCUCAAGAGCACGACAUCUGUAACUUCUACAUGCUCACACUGGACAAGGAUCGCAUCAUCGACGCGGGUCCCAAGGGGAAUGAGGCCCGAUUCAUGAACCACUGCUGCCAGCCCAACUGCGAGACGCAGAAGUGGACGGUGAGCGGCGAUACACGUGUGGGACUCUUUGCGUUGGUGGACAUCACGGCUGGCACUGAACUGACCUUCAACUACAACCUGGAGUGUUUGGGCAAUGGCAAGACGGUGUGCAAGUGCGGAGCGCCCAACUGCAGCGGCUUCCUUGGCGUCAGGCCCAAGAACAACCCGCCGUCGGAUGACAAAGGACGCAAGAUGAAGAGGCGGGGCCACGGUAGGAGGAAGAAGAAGGUGGUAGUGACCAAGGAACGCGAGGACGAGUGUUUCAGCUGCGGUGACGGCGGCCAGAUGGUUUCCUGCAAGAAGCCCGGCUGCCCCAAGGUCUACCACGCCGACUGCCUCAACCUCACCAGGAGGCCCGCCGGACGCUGGGAGUGUCCGCGCCACCAGUGCGACAUUUGCGGCAAAGAAGCACUAUCAUUCUGCGAGAUGUGUCCAAGCUCCUUCUGCGCACAGCACCGCGAAGGUCUCCUCUUCAUCUCCAAGCUGGACGGCAAGCUCUCGUGCACCGAGCACGACCCCUGCGGACCUGACCCGCUAGAGCCGGGCGAGAUCCGUGAGUACAACCCCCAGUCGAGGGCCUUGACGUCUGGCUUAGGGAUGGCCGUCAUCAACCCUUCCUCUUCCGCCGUCGGCGACGUGCCGGGCGUCCCCGCCUCCGCGCCUCCACCGGUCCCGGACGUUGGCCAGGAGUCGUUUCCCGCUUUUUCCAUCCCGGUGCCCAUCACCAUUCCCGUUUCGGCGCCGGUCGCCUCGCCUCCUCCGGGCACGUUCGAUCUUCCUCAGUACUCGCCCAUCUCUUCCUACGAGGAGGACAGGGACAUCCUGGAAGAGGACGAGGAAGAGAUGCUGGACGAUGAGGAUGACGAUGAAUUGGACGAGACCGUGGAGUACCUUGAGAUCAGAGGUGACGACGAGGAUGAGGAGGAGUGAGUUCUGUUACAGUGACUAGCUAGGACCCUUUGCACACACUCAUGACAACUGUAAAAAAAAAAAAAAAAAACAGUCCGCACGAUGUUCCGUGACCUCAUUUAAAGCAUUCGCCACGUUCAUCAACCAUAACCAUUACGUACACAUCACCGGAAGCAAUAUGAAAGCUGCUGCCACAAUUUUUUGCCUAUGACGUGCGUCACGAUUGGCCGAACAGUAAUACAAUUAAGGGGCGGAAAUAUGUGAAAUUGAGGUGAGGAACAUCAUUCCUUCAGCCUUAGUCUUGUCAAAGAGAAAACAAGUGUGUUGUUACCAUUUUGUGGUAUUAGCAGGAAAAUUACAAACUUAUUUGGCGAGACAAAAAAUUCACUAGCUUUAAUCAUAUAUUUGCAAGUUUUUUUUAGCGGUCGUCCUCACUAAAAUAUCGUAGUACCAAAAUAAUUUAGGGAAAUUGUGCAUCUGUUCUGUCAUUAGGGUUACUGAAUUAAAACAAUGAACUUUAAUCAAACGUGAAAACUCAUGGCACUUAUGAAAGGAUUGAAUACGUCAUGUUAAAUGACUAAAAGAGAACUAUGUUAAAUUUUAAGAUGUGAAAAAAUAUUAAAAUUAUAAAUUGUAUUUUUUUUAAAAGAUGCAGUGGACCAUCUUUAAUCAGAUUGAUAAAUGUUGAAUUUUUUUCCCAGUGUUGUUGGGGGCUGACAACACAAAUAGGGGGAGAGAAAAAGAUUUAUUAGAAGUUUUGCACUUAUUUACAUUAGUUUUGGUCAAUAUUUAACCAUUUUUAACCCUUAAUAGGGAAAGUGAAUAUUUUUCGUAAUAAUUUUUUAAAAAUCCAUCCCAAAAGAACGUAGAAUCCAUCUACAUCAACGUUACAUAUUGAGUCAUGUCGGCAACAUUAAUAUUUAGUGUGGACUACAUGUCCAAAAAAGUGUUGUCCACAUAUACUGAUGCUAGAUCUUAUUUAUAAUCAAGUUAAAAAACAAAAUUAUGAAUGAAUAUUUUCUUUUUAAAUUGUAUUAUAUUUAACUCAUUACCUCCCUCAAAUUCGUUUGAACUAUGAGGAUUCAUUCGCCCCUACUAAUCCAAAUCAAUUGAAAUCGUUUAAAAAAUGUUUUGCGCUUUUUCUGUCUUGUUCUUUUUGUCUCCUUAAAGCGAUCCAUGGAUAGAAAGGCUUGUAGUUCUUGAAAGAUAAGCGUUCUUAUGAGUUAAAUAAUUUGAUUUUGAACCCCUUCUUGAUGUUUUCGUUUUUAUACAAUUUGUAAAAUUAGUUUUAGUAUGUCGCGAUUGUUGUUGACGUCGCAGGGCGGUGACGUCACGUGGUUACGCUGCCGCGCUUCCAGAGUAUGACUCUAGCGACAUAAACAUGUCAUCUGUUCAACACUUUCAAUUUGAACUCGAGAGGAACAUUAUCGAACAGGACAGGAAUGUCGAUAUUUCACAAAACGAGCAGCAAAAGCUAAAUGACCAGGAAAGACGGAAUGGAAUGAGAUGAGAGUGGGGGGGGGGGGGGGGACGGUGUUCUGCCAAAAUGGGCUAAACCAGCUAAAUAUUUACACGAGGCGAAUUUGACACCCCAAGUACUACUGCGCGCUUUUAGCUUGUUUUGUUUAAAUGCAUACAGACAGAACAUACUAAAAAUGCUUUAAGAAAAUACUUAAACAUAGUAAUAUCAAAUAAGGUUAGUUUAAAUUAGUGUUGCACCUAUUCCAUUUUUUGGCACCGAUACCAAUACCUGGCUGUGCAGUAUCGGCCGAUACCGAUACCAUUUCGUUUGAAAUAUAUAUGGUGGAAAACACUAAGGUGACUUGAAGUUCCACUCUGCGACCCCCAAUUUGUCCAAAUUUCAAAAUUGUCCUAUAUGCAUGUGUGAUACAUCAUUGGAAAGCUUAAAAUCUCAAUUUUCUGGGGGAAGAAAAAUUUUGAUUAAUUUUUUAAAUUCAUUGAAACAGCAAAACCCUAACUAGAGGUAAGAGCACGCGAGAGCAUAAUUAAAGACGCCAUGAUUUUAACGAGAUAUUAUCGCGUACUUACCUCUUUUCAAUCCAAAAACUCCAUGUAGCAUGUAUCAACGUCAAGACACAGCUGUGAAUGGCCACAGCCGGAUUUUGGGGGGAUUUUAUGAGUGAAACGUAAUAUAACAAAGGUCGCAAUGCAGAAAUCACAGACAUCAAGGAGUGGUCAAGAUUUUCUUUUUCAUAUAUUUACCCUUUUAAACUUUUUUUUCCCCAAUUUUUCUUUGUUUGUAUUGAUUAUUUAUCAUCUAACAUAUUGGGGAAAAUGUGACAGUAACAAAAAAGUACAAUUAAUCGAUAGUUAUGAAGUAGAUAUCCGUGACUUUUUUUACAGACGCCAUUUUUUUCAUUGUGACGUAAUUUGUUUCAAAGUUUAAAAUAUGCGAGUGAUUUUUUUUUAAACAAAAUAUUAGACAUCGAUUAAUGAUUCUAAGCUAAAAAUGACAGACAUUUUGAAUAAUAAAUAUAAUUACUUACCUUCUUUUUAUGGCUAAGUCGAAACAAAAGCGGUUGCGCGACGUCUGUAAACGGGGGGUUCCAAGGUAAAAUGGACAAAUUAAAAAUAGUUUGGGGGCUUAAUGCGCCAUGAAUCUGUGAUGGCAUCAUAUAGACAUAUUGUUCUAUAAAACAAAAGUUCUUUUGGCUUAAAAUACAGCAGUUUAUUUUAAAGAGGGGUGUAAGAGCAGAAACUGCUUUUUCAGCCUUGUCUGUGUUUUCCGCCAUAUAUACAGUACAUAUAUAUAUAUAUAUAUAUAUAUAUAGAUAUAAAUACUGAAAUCAUUGCUAUCGUGACUUUGUCAGGCUGUUGCUUACCAUUGUGAAACAGGAAAGACUAAUACAAAAUGAAUCCAGUAGAAAUUUUUACUGUAUACCUGGUAUGGGUGACAAUAGUUAAAUAAACCUUUGGCUUGUAAACCUUUGGCUAGUUAGAUAAACCUUUGGCUCUCAAAGGCGAAAAUAGUGCUAAAUUCGUAAAACAUGUAUAAUACUAGCCCAACAGUAAGAAAGUAAAUAGUAAAGCAGCAACAUAACUCAACUCCAUCUAUAGCUACGCACAAAAGCAGACAGCGAGGAGUGAGACUCUCUCUGACACACACACACUUAGCCAUUUAGCUUAGCUUGCUUUGCUUACUUCUAAUGCAUGAUUUUGAAACAGGUCUCAAAUUACUGCGGCAUUUCUUUCAGUAAAAGACAAUGAAAGUAAAGUAGACAAAGUGAACUGACCAGUGAUUGUUAAUCUGGUCCAGCCUCCUUCCUAUGGAUAGCAGUCCUGCUUUUGCAGCCUCAAACUCUUUGUGUUCGUUCACAUGUUUCGUCUUAAAUGUUUUAUCAGGUUCGAGAUGUUGAAAUUGGCCUAUUUAACUCCACCUCUCAAAAACUUUCUGGCAACAAAUCUUGCAUGCAGCCAUUGUACUCGACGGAAAUCAUUCUAUGCUGAAAUAUUUCUAGACCGCCGACAUUUACCUCUCCUAGUUUUUUUCCUCCAUAUGAAAAAGUCACCCCGGCAUUGGUUGAGAGCGGCUAUUGGCCUGCCCUUAUUUGUCUGAAGCAGGUCAACAGCGAUAGCUGCUUGACAUGAUAAGUGAUCACGCGUGAUCAUACAACAAAGAAAUGUAGUGAGUGUCAGGAGAAAGAAGGCUGUGGUCAAGUGUUAUAAUACUGGAUUGGUCAAUGGUAGAAGCGCCCUAUUUGUUGGUAAUCGCCGAUACCGAUACCACCAUUUUAGUGCUGGAUCCCCCCCAACCGCCGAUACUGGUACAGUAGUACAAAUAAGUAUUUAGUCAACCACUAAUUGUGCAAGUUCUCCCACUUGAAAAUAUUAGACAGGCCUGUAAUUGUAAACAACCCUGAGAGACCGAAUGUGGAGAAAAAAAAACACACAAAAUCACAUUGUUUGAUUUUUGAAGAAUUUAUUUGCAAAUCAUGGUGGAAAAUAAGUAUUUGGUCAAUACCAAAAGUUCAUCUCAAUACUUUGUUAUGUACCCUUUGUUGGCAAUAACGGAGGCCAAACGUUUUUUGUAACUCUUCACAAGCUUUUCACACACUGUUGCUGGUAUUUCGGCCAAUUCCUCCAUGCAAAUCUCUAGAGCAGUGAUGUUUUGGGGCUGUCGUUGGGCAACACGGACUUUCAACUCCCGCCACAGGGUUGAGAUCUGGAGACUGGCUUUGCCACUCCAGGACCUUGAAAUGCUUCUUACGAAGCCACUCCUUUGUUGUCCCUGGCUGUGUGUUUGGGAUCAUUGUCAUGCUGAAAGACCCAGCCACGUCUCAUCUUCAAUGCCCUUGCUGAUGGAAGGAGAUUUUCACUCAAAAUCUCUCGAUACACGGCCCCAUUCAUUCUUUCCUUUACACAGAUCAGUCACCCUGGUCCCUUUGCAGAAAAACAGCCCCAAAGCAUGAUGAUUCCAAAUCCAAUGCUUCACAGUGGGUAUGGUGUUCUUCGGAUGCAAUUCAGUAUUCUUACUCCUCCAAACACAAGAACCUGUGUUUCUACCCAAAAGUUCUAUUUUGGUUUCAUCUGACCAUAACACACUCUCCCAGUCCUCUUCUGGAUCAUCCAGAUACUCUCUACCGAACCGCAGACGGGCCUGGACGUAUAAUGGCUUCAGCAGGGGGACACGUCUGGCAGUGCAGGAUUUGAGUCCCUGGCGGCGCAUUGUGUAACUGUUAGUAACCUUUGUUACUGUGGUCCCAGCUCUCUGCAGGUCAUGCACUGGGAUUUUUGCUCACCGUUCUUGUUAUCAUUUUGACGCCACGGGGUGAGAUCUUGCAUGGAGCCCCAUAUUGAGGGAGAUUAUCAGUGGUCUCGUAUGUCUUCCAUUUUCUAAUAAUUGCUCCCACAGUUGAUUUCUUUACACCAAGCAAAGAGUGAAGAGGUACAGAAAACGUUUGGCCUCCAUUAUUGCCAACAAAGGGUACAUA